AUGAAAAAAGUGUUAACAUUUGCAGACUUAAGUACAUCUAUUUAAUCAGGAAUGAGCAAUCGUUAAACCAACCUGUCUACAUCAAACAUAUAAAUAAGGUCUGCAAGUCUUCGAAAAGCCAUUUCUAGACUUAAACAAGAAAAUAGAAUUUCAAUUAUGGGAAUCAGUUCGAUAUGCAAAACAUAAAUUCCGAAAAACCAAUCUUACUUCCAAAUCAAGUAGGAAUCUAAGCAUAAUCGAAUAUCUAAUCCCUCUUAGGAACCACACUUGAAUAUAAAUUAAUUUGAUCACAAAUAAGAUACCUUAAGAGGUAUCAAUUAACUCUAACAAUAUUGCAAGAGUCAAAAAGCUCUUGAAAUAGCUAUGCAGAAAUACUCUUUAAAGAAGUCCUAUAAAGUGUCCUCCGAUAUGUCAACUGUACCUACGUUGGUUGAUAAAUUAAAUAGAGAUCUUAUAAAUAGCAAAUCCAAAGUAAUUCAGGAAGUAAUGAAGGAAGAACUAAGAAAAAGAAUUCCUAAAAAGUAGAAGGAAAUUAAUUAUGAACUGGAUUCAAUGUUCAAAAAUUAUAAAUCAUUCGCAUAAUUAUGUCUGAGUGAAAAUGCUAGCAUUCAAAACAAGAAGGUUUAUAAUGGAUAUUUGAAAGUAUAUAAUUCUGGAAAGAAUGAUAGAAUAUUCUUAGAUAAGAUUGAGGAAAGAAAGAAGAGUCUAAGUGACGAAUCUGAAGAAUAUGGAGCAUUUCUUGGUGAAACAGAUGAAGCUACUAUUCAAAGGGACGUAUAUAAUAAUAAUAUUCGAAAUCCUUUUCUGGAUGAUAAAGUUACUGUUAUCACAAUGAAGAAGGAUGGAUUUUUGAAAAGAAGAGUGACAUAAUCUUGA